AUGGCGACCACUUCGGCGGCCGUCCUCCCGUCAGGGGUCUUCCUAACCCGAGGGUCGGAUAUCGAGAGAACUCCCGCGCGCGCUGUUGCGGCGGGAGCCAGAGCCCUCACACCACUCGCGUCGUCUAAACUACGAGCCUCCCCGAGAUCGCCGUCCCUAUCCACUCCAUUCAUCCGAUCUUUUAAACCCGCUGCGGCUUCGGAGCCGACCGUCGGCCUGCAGUCACAAAGGCGACAAAUCUCGUGCGCCGCGGAGGCUCCUCCCAAGGAAUCCACGGUGGAGCCGUCCCCGUUUGACUCAUGGCAAGUGUGGUUCUCGGACGUGGUCGUGCAGCAGAAGCGGCCGUAUUUCUUCAACCGGGAAUACACGGCCAAGGACUGGAACUACAUCGUGAACUUGGCCUUGUACCAUGGCUUGUGCCUCUUCGCUCCAGCCACAUUCUCCUGGGAAAACUUUGGCUUCUUCGUCAGCCUUUACGUGAUCACAGGCUUGUUUGGGAUCACCCUGUCAUACCACCGCAACCUGGCGCAUCGUUCGUUCACGCUUCCCAAGUGGCUCGAGUACACCUUCGCCUACCUCGGGUGUCUUGCCAUUCAGGGCCACCCGAAGGAGUGGGUGAGCGCGCAUCGUUACCACCAUCGUUUCGUCGAUACGCCCGGCGACCCGCACUCGCCGUGCGACGGAUUCUGGCACAGCCACAUGGGAUGGGUUUUCGACGACGUCGCCACGCAAGCACGGGUGGGCGAGCGCGACAAUAUCGCGGACAUGGAGAACGACCCCUUCUACGAUUUCAUCGAGGCCACCUACCACUGGCACACUGUCACGUCCGUGGCGCUGCUCUACGCCCUCGGAGGCUUCCCCUGGGUCGUCUGGGGAUUCGUACGUGCUCCAUAG